AUGUCGAAAAAGCAAAACGCGAAAGAUCCGUCUGGGUUCAUCUUUGAUGUGCAGUCCAACACUGUGAUGGCCCAAGGAGGAACCUUUGAAAACAUGAAGGAGAAGAUCAGCGCCGUGCGCGCCAUCGUCCCCAACCGGAGCAACAACGAGAUCGUCCUGGUGCUGCAGCACUUUGACAACUGCGUGGACAGAACGGUCCCGUCUCUCGUUUCAGGCAACGCCAGCGAGGUACUGAAAGAAUGGACUGUGACGGGCAAAAAAAAGAACAAGAAAAAGAAACCCAAACCGAAACCGCCGGCCGAAUCGAGCCCCGACCUGCCGGACCCCGCCAAAUCGGUGCCCGCUGCAGAGGAGCAGUUGGCACACUCGGAGAAGGGGGGAAUGAACGGUUUCCACGUCAACGGCUGCGCCCACGACACGGAGUCCGUGGACUCGCUCAGCGAAGGUUUGGACGCGCUUUCAGUUGAUGCCAGAGAGCUGGAGGAUUGCGAUCCCGCCGCGCCAGGCGUGCCCGGUGGAACAGCAGUGCCUGAACUAGCGAAUGGAAUAGCAGACUUUGACACAAAAUCGCUCAUCCUGCAUCCUUCCCAGAGCCCCUCGUCCCUCCGACAGCGGCCUGAGCAGAGGACCACUACCAGGUCUCUGUCCCGAUCCACAGCCAGCACCUCCGCUCCCGCGGCCAGCACCUCCGCUCCUGCAUCCCUGCCCGCAGCGCGGCUGGAAGACGUCCUGGUUUCACCUGCCAACAAGAAGCUGGGUUCAAAUAUUGAAAAAUCAGUGAAGGAUCUCCAGCGCUGCACCGUCUCGCUGGCUCGGUACCGGGUGGUGGUGAAGGAGGAGAUGGACGCCUCCAUUAAGAAGAUGAAGCAGGUCUUUGCUGAGCUGCAGAGUAG